GCCGCGCUCGCACUGCCGCCGGUGCAACGGGCUGAGCGCUCCGGUGUGGCCGUGUAUAUAACUCCCUCCCCAUUCGUUCCGCGGCUCGUUCCCUUCGAAGCGAAGUGGUGCGGGGAUGUUGGCCGCCAGGUUAGCGGGUUGUAGGCCGCCCCUCUCGUCGCUCCGGGUGCUGAGGGGGCUCCCGGCCGCGGGGUUUCAUUGCUCGGCGCAGCGUCUCCGCGGGGCCAGAGUCGCUGUGGUGAGUCCGGCUGCCAGCCGAGCGUGAGCGGAUGAGCGCCUUCUUUCCCGUUGCGCCCUAAGGGGCGGCGGCCGCUGCUUCUGCUCCUCCACAAGCGAGAGAGCUUCGUGGAAAAUUACUGCCACAUUUCCCUGCCACCCCCUCGGCGGCUGUGCGGCACACAGGCAGAAAUGCAACAGGUUGAGCGGCAGCUGCAAAGCUGCACUGCCUCCUCCUGCCUUGCUGUUAAUGAAGGCACGGGGGCGCGGCCAAGGAAAAGGAGAUGGCGGAGUGGAAAGUUGGCGUCCUUGGAAGGGAGGCAGUUGGUCGGGGUUGAGCUGCAGCUCCGAGAACUGCAGCCCUUCACUCGCACACUUCAGGAAUGCUGGCAUUGCCCCAAACAGAUACCUCGUUUGGUUUCGCUUCCUUUCUGCUGCCUUUCUUUGGCUCUUAUCGUAAUUCUGCUCCAUUCCCUACACGAAAAUUAUUACAGCUCAGAAGCAAGUUUCGCUGUGUUCAGUAGUGUCGAGAAUUGCGGCCGCAGAUCAGUAAUGUAUAGUAAUGGCUUUCUUUGUUUAUACCGUAGUUAUAUUUUAUAGCGCACGCCCCCUUACAUUCCGUGUUCAUGCUGAAAUAUAUAACAAUACCCAGGCUCAUAAAGACUUACUACAGCUGCAGUGAAAAGUGGAGUGGAGAGUAACAGUUCAGACUUCUGUUAUGGGUUCAUGUAAGGGUCCCGAGUGAAACAUUUGGGGGAAUUUGGAGAAGGUUGCAGACAGUUGAGCAUUAACAAAACUUCUGUGCCCUAGUCAGUGACUGACUUUGAGGGGGGGAAAGAGGUUUGGGGAAGGAAAUCUUAAUACAAUUUACUAUUGUUCCCUGGGCGUUUAGAUAUAGUCUAUAGAAACGACGAGUUCUUAUGUGGGACCUUCAAGAGUAACACUUCAUCCAUGAAAGUUUAUGCUGCAGUAAGGAAAGCAUAUGAACAGAGUCACUCUGGAAAUAAUGAACUGAGUUGGACAAGAAACUACUGUUGCCUCUGUGUAUGUGAACUGGGAAAAUAAAUGUGAUGUUGAAAUCACUAGGCUGAUUUUCUUUUUGCAGGUCUUAUCAGGAUGUGGUGUUUAUGAUGGUACUGAAAUCCAUGAAGCCUCAGCGUAAGUGUAUUUGUGUAAUCAUUGGGUCUCCAAAUGAUCAACAGUUGAAUUGGUUGAUAAACAGUCCAAUCACGUAGGCAGUAUUUCUUUGUUAGAUAGCUUUUCCUUGAGUAUUUUGGAGCGUCAUACCCUAUCCCCCCCCAUAGUUUCUACCAAGAUAUGAAGUAAAUUUCAGUUUAAUGUUGUGCUUAUUUUGCUACUUCAUCUCCUGUAUCUAUGUAUUUUGUAGGAUAUUGGUGCAUUUGAGCCGUGAAGGAGCCAGUGUUCAGAUGUAUGCCCCAGAUAUCUCUCAGAUGCACGUUAUCGAUCAUAGCAAAGGACAGCCAGCUGAGGGUGAAUCAAGGUAAGAACAAAUUUUAAGACAAGCUACAUGAAUAUAUCUAGAUUUAUAUUUAUCCAGUGCACACAUAUAUACAUACAUCUAUUGAUACUCUGGGAAGCUGGCUACCCUCACUAUUUGAAUUGGUCUCAUCUAAACCUGUUUUCUAGAUUGUCUCUCCCACUCAGAGUUAUAUGUAAAUAGUGUUCCCAGUAUUCGGAUCACUGUUCUGUUUAUUGCCCUCAAACCAUUUGAGUAUGACUGUACUUUGUUAAAUACUUUACCAAUAAAUUCAGUAACUUUAAAUUAUCAAUCUCAGGCUGUUACUUCCUGGGGUCCUUUAAUAGCAGUGCUCCUUAUAUGUCUAUGUAGUCAACUUCUGCUCUUCACUUUAUACCACUUUUUUUAAAGAAAUGUCUUAGCAGAAUCGGCAAGGAUCGCUCGUGGUAAAAUUGCAGAUUUGGCUAAACUUACUGCAAAGGAUCAUGAUGCCGUCAUAUUUCCUGGAGGCUUCGGCGCAGCCAAAAAUCUGUGAGUUCUGAAUUUAUACGCUAUUGCAAUUGUUAAAUUCCAGAUAAUUAGCCACUCUUAAGAGAUGCUGUAGGAAAGUUAUAGUUCAUUAAGAAAUACAAUUUUCCAGAUGUGUUCGUUCAGGCUUCUUGUUUCAUAAGGACAAAUAUUUUCAUUGUUGUGUGUUUGUUGAUGCCCCAGAAAAAUACACAUACCAUUUUUACAGCCAAAUCAAGCCCCAGUCUAAUGUUGAAAAACAGAAUCAAAAGUUUUAUUUUUAAAAAUGCCUUAAGUUUUAUGCCACAUUGUAUGGAAAUCUUGAUGCUGAAACUAUUAAAGAUAAAAUUAUAAACUAUUUUAAUGUGCCAUUUUAUAUUUGUGAGCCACUCAGAUAACUAUGUUAAACGUACGAUGUAUACAGUAUGGUAUAAGUACAAUAAUUAUUAGGUAAAGGUACCCCUGCCCGUACGGGCCAGUCGUGUCCAACUCUAGGGUUGUGCGCCCAUCUCACUUAAGAGGCCGGGGGCCAGCGCUGUCCGGAGACACUUCCGGGUCACGUGGCCAGUGUGACGAAGCUGCUCUGGCGAGCCAGCACCAGCGCAGCACACGGAAACGCCGUUUACCUUCCUGCUGUAAAGCGGUACCAAUUUAUCUACUUGCACUUAGGGGUGCUUUCGAACUGCUAGGUGGGCAGGAGCUGGGACUGAACGACGGGAGCUCACCCCGCUGCGGGGAUUCGAACCACCAACCAUACGAUCGGCAAGUCCUAGGCACUGAGGUUUUACCCACAGCGCCACCCGCGUCCCUUUUCAAUAAUUAUUAAGAAGUAAUAAUUAUUCUUCCUGGUGGUGUUUUCUUGGCAUGCUGCAAUUUAUGUUUAAGGGCCACUGAAAUCAGUGGAACUGCAUGAUGGAUUGCAGCUGUAGGCAUUGGUUGAAGACUGAAACAAUCUGUUACUUAUUUGCAUGCCUGUUUUCCCUUGGGGGGAGUCAAAAUAUUUUAAAGAGGUCUUUUAAGGCUGAGUCUGUGGAUCACUAAUGGAAUAAGAAAAUAAACAAGGAAGCUUUAUUGCAUUAUUGCUGCUUGAGAGGAAUAUGUUUUCAAGCUGGCUUGGCAGCAUCGGUGCUAGAAUGGUUCUCAUGGACUUCCUGUUUCUGGCGGUGGAAAAUGGCUGAUCCCACACAAUCGGACUUCAGCCGUUCCGAUAAUUCAGGGCUGAUAUGGGGGUAAUUAGCCCUGGCAGCCUCCCCAGGGCAGGGGAGGACUGUCUGAACGACCCGCUGUCUGUCCCAGAUUGCCGAUGUGGCAGACGGCAGGGGCACUGGGUCACGGAGCUAGGGACUGCUGACACUCCUGCGACGCCACCCCAUAGCCGGACGCAUCUGUUUGGGAGAAUAUAAAGAUUUGGAAAACAAACAGACACGCUCUGAAUUGAAGAAGCUGGAAAAAACCUGCAGUACGUACAGUCUCUGGUGCAAAAGAUCGAACUUCAAAGAGAUCCUCAUGACGUUUGGAAUGUGGAGGGGCUUGGUAUGUAAAAAAAACAUUCUUUUAUCGUUAACAUCAACAAUCCGUAAUGCAUGCCAAGUCUCAUUAAGAACUUAAAUUGCUCUUCAAAAAGUGAGUUCAGAUGGACUUUCAUAUAUAUUUGGGAUCUACUCGCAGCCACUUCUCCUCUAAGACUGGAAAUGUCUGUUAAAGACAAAAACAAAGGACAAAAGACAAAAUGGCGUCUCCCACCACGUCGUUAUUGAAUAUCUGAAAUACUUCCCUGAUUAAGAGAAACAGGAGCUAAUGAAUGGUUGGUUAUAAAGACUGGAAACAAUAUUACAUAUACAACUGUUUGCAAAAAGAUGUUUUUUUGAUUACGAGCGAGAGAGAGGGCUAAAUGGAUGUCUGGCAGCUCCCCUCUAGGGCCUGGAGGGGGGACUGGGAAGAUUCCAAAGGCCAAUUGCUAACUGUCUGAUAUAUGGCUACAUUGCAAACAGUCUGUUUAAGAUAAAUCAACAAGGAGGGUACAGAAGGAAAUUUCUCUCUGUUUCUUUGAUAACACCUGGAUGGGAAAGAUUAACGAUCUGGGAGCUGCCAAAAUAACAACUCUUAAAGAGCUGGACAGAACUUUGAAAUUGGAUGCAAUUAAAUGAAGCGGUGCAAUGAAAAAACAGCUGAAGGAGUAUAAGGACCAAUCUGCACUCCAUAGAAAAGAAAAAAAGUAUCGGUUUUCUGACAUGAAUGAGGAUUGUAGAACCAGAGUCAAAAUGUGGAAGGGAAAAAUCGGACAUGGAAUUAUGAAUAACAUUGAGGAUGAUGAGAGGCAGGACUAUGAUGUUGAAUGCGCUUCGAAAUUCAGACCGUGGGAAGUCAAAACAAAAUUAUUACAAUUUGGAAGACAAUUGGACCUUUUUUAUUUUAGUUUUUUAUUUUUAUUGGAUCUCAUUUGAUAUGUUACUUGGAUGUUUUUAUUAGAAAAUUAAUAAACGCUUUUUAAAAAAAAAUAGAAUGGUUCUCAUGGAUUACAGAAACAGUACUGAUGCCUUGUAUAACUUUUCCCUUGGGAUUUUUUUUUAGUGCUUCAUCUUUGCAUCUGUUUUGCAUUUAAGCGAUCCAACUCCCCCCCCCCCCAACGUAUAUAAACUCACCCACUGAGUGUGGGUGGCUUUCUUUACUAGCAGUCAAUAGACUAUUAAAAUAUUUUUUAACAAUUGAAAAUUACACUUGAUAAAAUUAAUAAAAAUACAUGUUGAUACAGAUGAAAAACGCAGACUUAAAAUACUAAACUAUCAGGCAAUCUUAAAGAGGUCCAAUAAGGAUAGCUGUAUUCAAAAACUUUGCCACUUGCUCUGUGACUAUGAUUGGAACCUUGGAGCAAAAUGAUUAUAAAAGACUCAGAGGAGCAACCAGGGAGGGAACUACAUAAAGUCUGAAGGAAGGAGUGCUUCCUUCUCUUGGCUGUUAUCCAGCUGUUCAUCUGCCAAAGAAAUUGAGCAGCACAAAUCUGAGAACCAAAUCUCAAACUGCUCUGUGGUGGGCCAUUAUGUACACCCAUAGAAAGAAGUUUGUGUUUACUUAAUUGCCCAGUCAGCUCUGUGGGUCACUGCACACAAAUGGAUCAGCAGGACAGGUGAUUUAAACAACUUUCAUAUGAUGGCUGUGCAUGUAUACCAAGGUGGCAAACCUUUGUCUUCUCCCCCCCCCCCGAUAUUGCUGGACUACAGCUCCCAUCACACCUCACUAUUGACCAUGCUGGCUGGGGCUGAUAGGAGCUGGAGUUGAUUAGCAUUCCAGGGGCCAUAGGUUAGCCACCUGUGGUUUACACCAACACUAAAACAGAUACCAAAAAUAUAGUUUGUAUUUAGUGUUCCUGAGGAGGGGGUGGCCAUAUUUAUUGCCCUCUUUCCUCAGUACUGAAGCAGAGGAGUGUCUUGGCUUCUGUAUUGCAAUAAGGCAGAGGAUAUUAAUUGCUUUUAUGAAUAAAUAAUUCCUGCCUCACAGCCCUAUUUUUUAGGUGGGGUUGAAGGGAGGAAUCUUGGAGGCUGCCUUAUAUAGAGUCAGAGCAUUGUCCACACUGACUCGUAGCAGACCUCCAGAAUUUAAGAAUGGAGAUAUUCCUAGCCUUAUCUAGAGAUGCUGGGGAUUGCACCUGUGGCUUUCUGCAUGCGAAUAUGAUGUUCUACCAGUGAGCUAGGGCAGAAGUUGAAAGGAAGUGGGGAUUGCUUUCUUUCUUUGAGUAGUUUAAAUUGUAUUUCAAGAGACAGGGAAGGGCCUUUUACUUAUUUUAAGCGUGGUGUACCUCUGGAAAUGUAAAAUUACAAUUUAUGGGUCUUUCAUUCUUGUGUUAAGGUCUACGUUUGCAGUGGAUGGAAAAGACUGUAAAGUGAAUGGAGAAGUUGAACGUGUGCUAAAGGAUUUCAACAAAGCUGGGAAACCCAUUGGGUGUGUAAGUUAUAAGAUGGGAGUAUUUGUUCACAUUGUAUGAAACACUACUGACCUGCCUUCAGCCCACCAGCCACAAAUGUUUUGGCUGGCUGACUGCCUGGCACAACGAGGUUGUCAAGCAUUGGCAGUCCACACAGUAGGUGAUGGUUAGCUGCUUUCGGCCUAAUGGAUCACAAGUUGGGCAGGGCCUAUUCAGUUGAUCAGCCGAAAGAGGAGCCCUGAUGGGCCGGGCAUCCCAUUUCCCACAGUGGCAGCAUUUGGAAAUCCCACAAGCAGGACAUGGCUCAAAAGGUGUGCUAGUUUCUGUACAUGUACAGCACACCAGUGCUCCCCAGUCCAGUGUCAAUCCUUUCUUUCUACCUCUUCUUUCCUUCAGACAUUGUACCAACACACUUUUGUUUGAGGUCCCUGUUCUCACCUUCUUCCUGCCUCCCUGUGCUCCUUCCUUCUGCCUCCAGACCUUCUUCAAACUGUGUUUCUGAUCUUUCACACUCCUUGUCACUUUUGCUUCUGUUUUUCUGUCCUGCUGUUUAAGGCCCCCUAUGAGCUUUCCCAGCACCCAGAUUUUAUCUUCCACCUCUUACAGAACAGGAACAGCCAGCAUAGCAUUUCUAAUGAUGUCUGUGUGUUGUUGUUUUUUUCUUUUCCUUUUCUUAUGGAGAAGCAUUCUGGGCAGCUGCCACAAGGAACAGAAAAGCGUCAUGGGAUGGAACUGCCUAACACUUUCUCCUCUGGGUGUUUUUCCAUUCAAGAGUGUCCUCCCCCUGUUAUCACCUGUGAGUGAGGAAACAGCUGGAGAAGGCAUAAUUCUGAGAGGUGAAAGGUUCAGCAGUCCUGUCCCUGGACUAUUUUGCCUCUCCCAAGAGCUGUUCCUUUUUUUUUUUUAAAGUCUAAAGUUACCUUAUUCUUUUUAGGAUUUUGUUGAGCUUAUUUUCCACCCUUGCCUUCUUUUCCUGGUUCUGUUGGACUGAAAUUACCAUUGCUGUGUAAUGAUUAAUAAGGAUUUUAUUCAGUUUAGUAUCUUUUUUAUUUUUGAGGGUGUGCCAAAUAUUUAUAAGCAAAGGAACAGGGAGGUGUAAAUACAAUAAAUCCUCAAUGGAGGAACCUAAGUGAAGGUUUUCUGUCCACCUUUUUUUCAGUCUGUGCUGCAUUUCACCCGUUUUGGCUGCAAAGGUUCUUCCUGGUACUGAAGUCACUGUGGGACAUGAAGAAGAAGAAGGUGGUAAGUGGCCUUAUGCUGGAACUGCUGGGGCCAUUAAAGCACUGGGUGGAAAACACCAUAUUAAAGAAGUAACAAUAUCCUUUUUUGCUGGAUGAAGGCUGAAUUUAAGUGUCUUUUCCUCUCCCCUCCCUACAUCCCCCACUACUCCCAAAGAGCCACAUGCUUGGAAGCAAGUUGCACUGAAACCAGUAACAGGAUUUUCUUUCUCCUUAAGUGUAUAUGGGUUUAGGAGGUUAAGUGUGAUAAGACAUCAGAGAUGAACAUUUUUGUACAGAAUUGAAGAGCUUUCGGGAAAGCAUUCUGUGAUAUAUUUGGAUUAGCUGAUAAACUGCAUGACCAUCUUCCUUGGCUUUCUAAAACCCUGAUAAUUAGUUAUGAUACAGCACAAUACUAACCAUGUCUGCUCAGAAGUAAGCCUUAAUGAAUUUAGUGGGGCUUAAUCCCAGGAAAGCAGGGUUAGGACUUCAGCCUUAGUAUGUUCAAUUCAGAAGUAGGAUAACAUUUGCUUUAGGAAAACCAUUAAACUUUUUAUCUAAAUUCUAACAAAAGAGACUGUUUUAAAUGUGAAUACCAGAUGUCCUGGUCUAUAAUUCCCAUCAUCCCAGACUAUUGGCUGUGCCAGCUGGUGCUGUUUGGAGUCCCAACAGUAUCUUGAGAUCCACAAGUUGCCCACCACUGUUCUAUACAGUUCUUGAACAUAUGUUAGAUCACAUACUCAGUUACAGUGUUAGCCUUUUGAUAUAUUUUUUUUAAUUUCCUGAAACAAAUUUGUAAACCCAGGAAAAGCUUUCUAGCAAUGUUACUGGCCUCAUUCCAAUGUAAUACUAAAUUAUGGCUUAGUGUUAAAUAAAUGAGCCUCAGGCUCACACACUGUUCCCUGGCACAGCUAUAAGGAACAUUUUGGAAGCUCUCGGGGUUCUAAAUAGCUAUGCUAUCCAUGCAUGGAGCAGGCAUCCCACUUGGAAAGUUAUGACCUAAUGUGAAGGAGGCAGGAAGAGCCAUGUGACUUUGGGGACGGGGCUAAUUAAUAUUAACGCUAGUCAGACAUAAUGUGAUUAGUUAAAAACUAAUCAGCUUCUGAUCUCCUUCUGACUGUGCCACAUGGCUCACCCAGGUUUGUUCCUGAAUGAAGCCACCAAGUUUACAGUAAAGAUCUGAGUCUGCUGUCCCUUUAAUCAUUCUGUCAUUCAUCCUAAAGUUAUGCAAAGUCACGCAUUACGUAUAAUUAUAUAAAGGUUUGUGAGGCAGAAAGGCAUAUUCCUGUUUAUUCUGUCACUUGGCUUAGUCCCUGUGUUUUCCUUAACUGUCUUCUAUGAGGUCCAUGUGGAUGCAAACCACAAGGUUGUAACUACCCCAGCCUUUAUGUGUGAAACACAAUUGCAUCACAUUUAUGAUGGCAUUGGAGCCAUGGUAAAAAGUGUGUUGAAGCUUACAGGCAAAUGAAGUGGAUACCCAUAAUAGCAGUGACAAUAACUUUAGGAAGUAUGGUCCUUAUAACGCUGACCUAGCACAGGAGUUGCCUCUAAGAAUGCUUACGAUUGUAUUGGAAUGACAUGUGUAAUUUUCAGCACUGAAGAAGCUCAGGCCGGUUGAAUCAUGCAUCCCCUCCGUAUUUCAGCCACAGUCUUCACAUCGUCUUACAGUAUAUUUGACAACUUGCUCUGGAGAUGGUCACUGCUUAACAAAUCUGAAUUGCUAAUGGAAUAAUAAAAGCAAUUACAUCAUAACCUCUCCAAAUCUUUCCAAUCGCUUAUCAAGCCUUUUCAGAGACUAUUCUAAUUGCAUAAAAUAUGUUUCCAAAUAAAUUCCUACCUUCUGAAAAUGUAUACCUGAACAUUGAGAGCAUGUAAUCAAGACUUCUGAAACUGGGGGAGAAAACUACUAAAGAAACCACAAAAUAAAAAGGAUUUGUUUUAAGUUAUAUAAUAUAAAAUAAAUAAAGGAAAUAAAUGUCCUCACAAUUUUGUUGGAAUGAAUCCAUGGUUUAUUUUAUCAGGGCUAGCUGAAGUUAACAAGUACGUUAGCUGUAAAUCGUAAUUUGACAGCCGAAUAUCUUGUCUCAUGAUUAAUUGGACUGAUUAUUGUGGAAACAGAAGAUGUCUCCUAUUGUACAUUUUGUUUUUACCCUGCCAUAACCAAGAUCUUGCUCAAUUGUAUCUGGUGUGGUACUACUGCCUUAAUUUUUUUUUCUCCUUGAAGGAAACAUUUUUUCCAGCUGAUUUCAGUCACAUCAUGGUUUUAAAUUUCUCUGAUUUGUUUAGCUUUCUUGUAUUUCCACCCACAAGUUCAGCAACCACUGGGAGCCAUCAGUUUGCUGAUCAUAAAGUUCCAUUAACGAUUAAUAUUCCCAUUCCAAACAUGAUGCCCUGACCACAAUUAAAUAAGCAUUCCACCAUUAUUUUCUGUGGCAGGUCAUUAUCCUUACUCAUGAGUAAGUUAAGUCCCAGCCUCCUAUUUGGGAGAGGUUCCAGCUGUCAUUUCAAGAUAGGAGUCCUUUCCUAGCAGAGCUGCUGCUAAGUUUUAUGUGUUUUCAACAAAUUGGCAUCUUUCAUCUACAGAAGAAGUAAGCAAUAUUUGUUGCUGUGUCUGUUAGGUAAUAGUUAAACAUGUCACAGGAAAUAGUGAGCUCACUUUCCCUUGUUAAUAUCCAGUUCAAGCACUCGUCAAAGCAGUUCCACGCAUUGUUGCAUAAAUGUGCUCUAAGUUUGUAUACUGUAUUCCCCCACUCCCGUAUUAAACGUAUGUGUGUGC